GCUCCCCCAUCACUCACUCGGGUACAGAGCGCAGCGGGCCGCGUGACUCUCGCGUCGUCGCAUCGCGCGCGCUGCACACCACCGUCAGCGCGACCACUGCCGCCAAUGGCGACCGCCUCGCCGCCGCUCGCCACCCCCUUCCGCCCGCUCGCCGUCGCCGGAGGUAGCGGCGGACUCGUCGUGGGCGCCAGGGCCGUGGUACCGCCGAGGCGGGGGCGGCGGGGGUUCGUGGUGCGGAGCGUGGCGAGCGAUCGGGAGGUGCGGGGGCCCGCCCCGACCGAGGAAGAGCUUUCAGCCGUGCUAACUUCCAUUGAUUCAUCCGCCAUCGCAUCAAACAUCCAGCACCAUGCAGACUUCACACCGUUAUUCUCGCCAGAGCACUCUUCACCCCUAAAGGCUUACCAUGCAACUGCCAAAAGUGUUUUUGAUUCUCUGAUAUUGAAUUGGAAUGCAACAUAUGACUAUUACAACAAAGUGAAUGCAAAGCAAGCUUAUUACCUAUCCAUGGAAUUUUUGCAGGGAAGAGCUCUUACAAAUGCUAUUGGCAACCUAGAGCUAACAGGACAAUAUGCAGAAGCGUUAAAACAACUUGGACAGAACCUAGAGGAUGUUGCUAGUCAGGAACCGGAUCCUGCCCUUGGCAAUGGUGGACUAGGCCGUCUAGCGUCCUGUUUUCUGGAUUCUAUGGCAACCCUAAAUUAUCCAGCAUGGGGAUAUGGACUUCGGUACAGAUAUGGCCUCUUUAAGCAAAUCAUAACAAAGGAUGGUCAGGAGGAGGUAGCUGAGAAUUGGCUAGAGAUGGGAAAUCCAUGGGAGAUUGUAAGAAAUGAUGUCUCUUAUCCUGUGAAAUUCUAUGGCAAAGUGGUUGAAGGCACUGAUGGGAGAAAACACUGGAUUGGAGGAGAGAAUAUCAAGGCUGUGGCACAUGAUGUUCCUAUUCCUGGCUACAAGACUAAAACUACUAAUAAUCUUCGUCUUUGGUCAACAACAGUACCAUCACAAAACUUUGAUUUGGGAGCUUUUAAUGCUGGGGAUCAUGUCAAGGCCAACGAAGCACAUCUAAAUGCUGAAAAGAUAUGCCACGUAUUGUAUCCAGGGGACGAAUCAUCAGAGGGGAAAAUUCUUCGCCUGAAACAACAAUAUACACUAUGCUCGGCCUCCCUGCAGGACAUUAUUUCUCGUUUUGAGUCGAGGGCUGGUGAUUCUCUCAACUGGGAGGACUUCCCCUCUAAAGUUGCAGUUCAGAUGAAUGACACCCAUCCAACACUGUGCAUUCCCGAGUUAAUGAGAAUACUGAUGGAUGUUAAGGGAUUGAGCUGGAAUGAGUCUUGGAGUAUCACGGAAAGAACCGUUGCAUACACUAACCACACAGUACUUCCUGAAGCUCUGGAGAAGUGGAGCUUGGACAUUAUGCAGAAACUUCUACCUCGACAUGUUGAGAUUAUAGAAAGAAUAGAUGAGGAGCUGAUGAACACCAUCGUCUCAAAAUAUGGAACGGCAGAUAUUUCACUGUUAAAACAGAAGCUUAAAGAUAUGAGGAUCUUAGACAACGUUGAUCUUCCAGCCUCUGUUGCUAAACUGUUUAUUAAACCAAAAGAGAAAAAGGGGAAGUUGCUUGUUGAAUCUUUGGAGUCUAUUGCUGAAGCUGACGAGAAAACUGAGUCAGAAGAGGAGGAAAACAUUCUAUCCGAGACAACAGAGAAAAAGGGCGAAUCUGACUCUGAAGAAGCUCCUGAUGCAGAAAAGGAGGAUCCUGAGUAUGAGUUAGAUCCAUUUACAAAAUACGAUCCUCAGUUACCUAGAGUUGUUCGAAUGGCGAACCUCUGCGUUGUUGGUGGACAUUCAGUUAAUGGUGUGGCUGAGAUUCACAGUGAAAUUGUUAAGCAAGAUGUGUUCAAUAGCUUUUAUGAGAUGUGGCCUACUAAGUUCCAAAACAAAACAAAUGGAGUGACCCCCAGGCGUUGGAUCCGGUUUUGUAAUCCUGAAUUAAGUACAAUAAUUUCAAAAUGGAUAGGCUCUGAUGACUGGAUUCUGAACACUGAUAAACUUGCAGGACUGAAGAAGUUUGCUGAUGAUGAGGAUCUGCAAUCAGAAUGGCGUACUGCUAAAAGGAAUAACAAGAUGAAGGUAGUUUCGCUGAUAAGAGACAAGACUGGAUAUGUUGUCAGCCCAGAUGCAAUGUUUGAUGUGCAGGUGAAAAGAAUACAUGAAUAUAAGCGGCAGCUUCUAAAUAUCCUUGGUAUCGUUUACCGCUACAAGAAGAUGAAAGAAAUGAGUGCAAAAGAUAGAAUAAAGAGCUUUGUUCCAAGGGUAUGCAUAUUUGGCGGGAAAGCUUUUGCCACUUACGUACAGGCAAAGAGGAUUGUGAAGUUUAUCACAGAUGUCGCAGCUACUGUAAAUUAUGAUCCUGAUAUUGGAGAUCUACUGAAGGUUGUAUUUGUCCCAGAUUAUAAUGUUAGCGUUGCUGAGACGCUCAUUCCUGCCAGUGAAUUGUCCCAGCAUAUCAGUACCGCUGGAAUGGAAGCUAGUGGAACCAGCAACAUGAAGUUUGCAAUGAAUGGCUGUAUUCUUAUUGGAACUUUGGAUGGUGCGAAUGUGGAGAUCAGAGAAGAGGUUGGAGAGGAGAACUUUUUCCUCUUUGGUGCACAUGCACCUGAAAUCGCUGGUUUGAGGCAAGAGAGAGCUGAAGGGAAGUUUGUGCCUGACCCGAGAUUUGAAGAGGUUAAGGAAUACGUCCGCAGUGGCAUCUUUGGGACUGGCAACUAUGAUGAAUUGAUGGGUUCUUUGGAAGGAAAUGAAGGUUAUGGACGUGCAGAUUAUUUUCUUGUUGGCAAGGAUUUUCCCAGUUACAUUGAAUGCCAGGAAAAAGUUGAUGAAGCAUACCGAGAUCAGAAGCUAUGGACAAGAAUGUCUAUCCUCAACACAGCGGGUUCCCCCAAGUUCAGCAGUGACCGGACGAUCCACGAGUAUGCCAAGGACAUAUGGGGUAUCAGCCCCGUCAUCAUGCCCUGAAUAAUUCAAGCAGCUUCCAGGAACCUUGAGAGUCUAUGAGGCGCGAUUGGUCGCUGAUUUGCCUUGAUUCAGCGAGAAUGUAUUUCUCCCCCCAGUUUUGUAUAGGCAUAUGCAAGUUCUGACAUGGACCUGAGUGCUGAGAGCAUGCAGGGUAGUUCAUCCUUAGCAAUAUUGCAUGUCAGUUAGCCAGUAUUACCCAGGCUUAUGGUGUGUGUAUUUCGCUGAAUAAAGUUGGAGCAGAGUCAUCAAACAAACAUACUUUGGUGUAUCUGUAAUGAUAAAUAAAUGGUACAUGUGACUGAACAAAAA